CUUUGCGGACGCAGGAGCAACAAGUCCAAGGCUGCAGGCAUCGGCGUGUAGCAAAUCAAGCAAACCUUUAUGUUUAUAUUUAUAUAUUUAUAUUCCAGGAUGUUUCACUGUGACAAUGACGCGCGCCAAAGUUUCUAUUACGCACGACGCAGCCCAGGACGCCUUGGAGACUUUGUGUGAAACUUUGUGUCACGUCGCUGCUUUAAAAUCGGUAGCGUGGGUAAUUUGCUGCUUUUGGACAAGACGGGGUGAAAUCUCCACCGCGGCUACCACAGGCUGGACUUGAAACCGAGCCCAUGUGAAAUGGUCCCGACCUGGAACACAUGCUGGGAGGACAUCACUUGACAUAUGAGCGUGAGAACAAUCCCAGUCCAGCAUGAGGAGUCUGGUUUUACUGUGCGCCAUGGUCGGGCUGUGGGGGUCCUGCCUGGCCAACAGAAACUGUCCAGACCUGAUUGUGGACAGUUGUCACUGUUCGGCGGAGAGGUCCAAGGAACUGAGCAGGCAGCACAUCCGAAUCAAAGUCGUUUGUGAUGAUGUGGACCUGUUGGAGACACUGCAUCCGAGCUUCCUGCCUAACAGAACCUUCUCCCUAAAUCUGAGUAACAACAAGAUCUCUGUGCUGAGGAACGGCUCCUUCUACGGCUUGGCAGCGCUGGAAAAACUGGAUCUGAGGAAUAAUCUGAUAAGCACAGUGGAGCCCUGGGCCUUCCGUGGUCUGCUGGCUCUGAGGAAACUAGACCUGUCCAACAACAGGAUUGGUUGCCUCACCUCUGAAAUGUUUCUGGAUUUGGGCAGACUUUUCAAAUUGGAUUUAUCAGGGAAUAUCUUCUCAACUUUGACCGUGGGACUCUUCACGCACCUCGUCCUUCUGAGAGUACUACACUUCAGUACAGAAAGUUUGUUCUGUGACUGUCAACUGAAGUGGUUGCUCCUCUGGGCUCGAAACAACUCGGUGAGGAUUGGCAACGACACGGUGUGCAUGUUUCCAACCCACCUCCAUGGUCUGGAGUUCCGUAAUCUACGUCAGCAGCAGCUCACUUGUGAUGGAGCUCUGGAGAUCCCCCUCUUUCAAUUGAUCCCUUCCCAGAGGCAGCUGGUUUUCCAAGGAGACCGUCUGCCUCUUCAGUGCACCGCCACUUACCUGGAUCCUUCGGUGGAGCUGCAGUGGCACCACAAUGGCCGCUUUGUGACCACCCAAGAGGAUCAAGGGGUGUAUGUGGAAGAAACCUUACUUCACGACUGCUGUCUCCUCACCAGUGAGGUCAUCCUUGCGAACAUCGACGUGGGCCUUGCUGGUACGUGGGAGUGCCUGGUCACUAGUUCCCGUGGCAACAGCUCCCAGCAGAUGGACAUCGUUGUUCUGGAGACAUCUGCGCCAUAUUGCCCUGCUGAUCGAGUCAUCAACAACAAGGGGGAGUUCAGGUGGCCAAAGACUCUCGCAGGCAUCCUGGCCUUCCUGCCUUGUGCCCCUGCCACCUUUGGCUCUGCUCCUCGCCCCUCAGGGAGUGCCCCUCGUUCCUCCGGUCAUAGGGAGAAGAAGGCUUGGCGUCGCUGUGACCGUUCCGGACGUUGGGACGCUGAAGACUACACUCAGUGUCCUUAUGCCAGCGAACUCACCCGUGUGCUACAUGAGCUCACUCAGAUAACCAUCAACACCACCAACGCCCAGCCGUUGGGACAGCAGCUGGUGGCCUUCACCAGCAGAGCAGCUCACUUCUCUGACGUCAUGGAUGUCAUCUUUGUCACGCACCUUGUGGAGAGACUGACCAGACUGGUUGAGAAGCGCAAGGAACUCGGGGACUAUAUUUCAGACAUAGCCAGCAACAUGAUGCUGGUGGAGGAGCAUAUCCUGUGGAUGGCCCAGAAUGAAGCAAGAGCGUGCACUCGGAUCGUUCAAUGUGUGGAGCGCAUUGCUGAUCUGGCACUGAGCGGAGACAAUCAGGCUAUUUCCAAGGUGUCUGCUAACAUCGCUCUGGAGGCCUUUCUCAUCCGACCCUCCAACUUUCUGGGGCUGUCAUGCACAGCACUUCAACAGCCCCCGUUGUCUGGAACGUCACCGGGUAGCCACCCCCCCAAGGAGAAGGAUCCGAGUAGAGAACAUGACACCAUGGGCGAAUCGUUCCUCAACUUUAAAUGUGACACCCUCAAUCGUGGAUCACCAGCCAGUCAGCUCAGCAAGAACUCAGUGGCGGUCGCCUCCAUCCAUUUACCUUUCGCUGCUCCGCACACCUCCUCCUCCUCCUCCUCCUCUGCGUGGCAAUCUGUUGAUAACUCCACUUGCAGACUGCAGUUUAUUGUCUUCCGCAAUGGAAAACUCUUCCCAUGCACCGGGAAUUCAUCCAAUCUGGCCGACGACGGGAAACGAAGGAGCGUCGCGACACCAGUUGCAUUCACCAAAUUAGAUGGCUGCAGCCUGGGGAGCGUCGUUCACUCCGUCACUAUCGCACUCAGGCACUUUGCAUUGGGGGUAGAACCCACCGCAGCCUACUGGGACUUUGACCUGCUGGAUGGACAUGGUGGCUGGAGGGCAGAGGGCUGCCACAUAACAGGCUCCGGGGGCAACACGACCACCAUUCACUGCACCCACCUUAAUAACUUUGCUGUGCUCAUGGAUCUGAAGAAGGUGCUGUCUUUCCCCCCAUACCCUGUGGAGUUUUUGCACCCGGUCGUGUAUGCCUGCACGGCAGUCAUGUUGCUCUGCCUCUUUGCUUCCAUCAUCACAUAUAUCGUGCAUCACAGUGCAAUCCGCAUCAGUCGGAAGGGAUGGCAUAUACUUCUCAACUUCUGCUUCCAUACAGCUCUGACCUUCGCUGUGUUUGCCGGCGGCAUCAAUCGAAUCAAAUACCCCAUCAUCUGUCAAGCAGUCGGGGUGGUGCUGCACUACUCGUCUUUGGCAACCAUGCUGUGGCUGGGGGUGACUGCCAGGAACAUUUACAAGCAGGUGACAAAGAAGCCCCCACAGAGCCAAGAUGGCGACCCACCGCGGCCCCCUAAACAACCACUGUUGAGAUUUUAUUUAGUCAGCGGUGGAGUGCCCCUCAUCAUCUGUGGGGUCACAGCAGCUGUCAAUCUAGACAACUAUGGCAGCGGGGAGCAAGCGCUAUACUGUUGGAUGGCAUGGGAGCCCAGCCUGGGAGCGUUCUUCGGCCCAGUGGCCCUCAUCUUCCUGGUGACAUGCAUUUACUUCCUCUGUACCUUUAUGCAGCUGAGGCGCCACCCUGAAAAGAAGUACGAACUCAAACAGUUGACAGAAGAGCAGCAGAGGCUGGCCUCCAUCGACGUGCCAACUCACUGCCAGCAGUCGGCCGAGCCUGGCGCCCUGACAGGCCAACCCGCCGGGAGCCACUGCCCUGCCGGCUGCCCGGGCGUGCCAAUUAAUCCCGCCCUGCUGGCCAACGAGCACUCCUUCAAGGCCCAAUUACGCACAGCGGCCUUCACUCUGUUCUUGUUUCUGGCCACUUGGACUUUUGGGGCGCUGGCUGUUUCGCAGGGUCACUUCCUGGACAUGAUCUUCAGUUGCCUCUACGGUGCCUUCUCCGUCACCCUCGGUCUCUUCAUACUCAUCCAUCACUGUGCCAAGCGGGACGACGUCUGGCAUUGCUGGUGUUCUUGUUGUCCGGGACGACGGGGCAACGCCUGCCCCGGUGCCCACGGACAGGGCCAAGCUCCGCCCAAAGUCAACGUGAAUGGAGAUACGCCUGCGCACGGCCACGGUCACAGCCACUGCCACCACGAUUCUCCGUGUAAAGCGGUGAUGAGCUGCAGUCACGGCGGUGUCAGUCACUGUAAACACGCCGCCCUCCCAUCCUCCCAAAAUCACGUGACAUGCCUGGCUCCCGUGACUCCGUGUUGUGCCGCCCUGCACAGCCAGCAGCUCAUGGAGGAGGAACCUACAGCUACACAUGUGCUGCUGCACGCCGAUCCAGAGGGAUACCGACCAGGGAUCCAGUUGCACCCCUGCUUGAAGAACAGCACCAGGACUAAAGGCCGCCACUUCAGCCGCCGGUCCGGUUCCGGUGUUUGCGGCGCGGCGAGCGAGAGGGAAUACGCCUAUCAUAUCCCUUCCAAUGUGGACGGAGGCAGCGUCCACAGCUCACACACUGACAGCCCUCACAGCACUCACGAGCGCCACACCCACACGUGUCCGCAUCUGGUCCAUGAGGGCCUCCAUCAUACGUGUCAUGCGGCGGCAGCAACUGCACACGAGGCCCUUGCGUGUCAUAAUCCAUGCCACCGGCAUAUGUGCUGCGCCAAGGCAGACCUUUUCCCUUCUCUGUGCCCGGCGGAGGCACCUGACGCCGGCGUGUUCCUGUGCGGCUGCAGCAAAGCGGCCGAGGAGGAACCCAUCACGCAUCACCACAUAGAAAUGCACGGACCACGCAGACAAUCGUACCCCCAGAACCCGCCCAAUCAGAACGGGAUUCUUAAGGGUGCCGUGCACGAGGGACUCCUUUACACCUCGGACAGCACCGGGAAUAUACGCACUGGACCCUGGAAGAAUGAAACUACUGUGUAGUCUAAGGCGGUGUGACGGCGGCUCGCUUCGUACAACUUGUCCCCCUUUCGAGAAAGACCAUAAUAAACAUUUGAAUCCGUGUGGGAUAACGUCCGCAUACUUGUUAGUGCUGUUUUACUAGACAGAAACCUGAUACCAUAUAAAGUUCUCAUAAACAUCAAGAUUUCUAAUCACCACAGAUCUCUCUAUGUAUAAAACAAAUUGAAUGGCCGUGUGUGUGAAUAUGUGUGUUAGUGCUCAAAGGUAACAAGCUGCAAGAUUUUUGGACACCAUCCGACAAAAUUAACCAAAACCAAAUGUUUUCGAAAAAUAAACCAGCAAUUUUAGAGCCAACAAGUGUCAACAAAAUGUGAAUAUGUACAAGAAAUCAAACACGACUAUGCUAUGAUAUUUUUCUUCCUGUAAGAGAAGAUCAACAACAGCAGAACCUGACUUUGGCGAAGAGUUCGAACCACUGACAUCCCCAAAAAAUAAGUCUCACCAAGCACAUGGCAGAAUUAAGAUAAAGCAUUUCUUUAUUUCCAGUGUUUUGUCAUUCAUACGUUGCUUUUAGAAAAAUUGCCAAAGCAUGCAGGCUUUGUCCACUCCGACACUGUAAAUUAAUAUCCAUCUUUAUUUGGUUUGCCUUUGACCCGGUAAGACUGCUGCACUUCAUCAUGUGAUAUAACUCAAACCAGGGUUUGAGUUAUAGCCUGAGCGUUUCAGGUAUUGAUAUAAUUUGAACGUAAAACUGCACUUUUGGGGGGGGAAUUUUGCUCAUCAUCCACAAUCUGUGAAUUGUCGAUGGCGGCCUUAUGAUGGCUUUAUAGGCGGAAAAAGUGAAUCCUAAUUUGUGCAAUCUGAAAAACUGCCAACACAGAAUGCAUUAAAAAGGGAAAGAUGUGUUUUAGUGGAUGAUGGGCAAAAUUGCUGAAAAAGUGCUUUUAACUUUCAAUGAAAAACUAAAUGAAAAAGUCUCACGAUAUUUUUUAUAUGAAAAAUGGAAUAUAUGUUUUUUGUUUUUUAAAAAUAAGAAAUGGGUUAAACACAUUUUAUUUCAAAAUCAGUUGGACAUUUGCCCAAAGAAUCCAGUAUGAAAUUUCAGGAGAUGUGUAUGGUUUAUUUGUCACCACCAAGGUAAAAAUGGGCUGUUUAUCUCAUGUUUAUUUGUAAUGAAUGCUGUUUUUGUUGUGUGGAUAAUCAGAAACUCCACAAAAAGUAGAAAUUAAUAUAUCUAGUAUGUAUAAUCUGGUCGCAAACCCCGCUCUCGCAAAAUCACUUUGGCAUAUUGUGUCUUUCUCCAUAAUGUGCACUUUUGGCUGUAUGUGUUUAAAACUGGUUCCUGAUGAAUUAUUUUCUACCAGAAUUAAGAUAUUUAAAGUUCAAUAAAUCUAUAUAUAUAUAUAUAUACAUAUAUAUAUGAAGAAAGAUGUAUGGGGAAAUACUGACCUUUCAAUUUAAUACUCAGUAUCUGAGUUUAGAAACGUCUUUUGUUUUCAAAUGCCUUUGUAUGUGUUGUCAUUUUAGUUGCCGUCACCUUCGUUAAGUAUGCAGACUUCAUGUGUUGUGAGACUUAACCUGUUAUAUCAGAAAUAGAAAUGCACUACCCAUGCUAAUGUCCGGUUUGUCAGAAUGGACUUUGUCACUUUCUGUGCGAUUGUUUGGGAAACUUGUGUUCAGCCAGAAAUAAUUGAGAUUAAAAAUGUGACUUUUGUAGAAAAGAGAAGAAAGGCAGUCAUGUGAUGCUCUCUUUCUUAGCAGACAGUCUUGAAACAGUGAAACAAAACCCAGUUGACUUCAAAGAUGAUGCAUGGAUCUCAUUCUCUGCGGGGGCACUGAAGUUUUUUUGCACGGUUUGGGACAUAAUGAGAUAUUAUGGGCCAAACUGAAAGAGUGCUAAAACAUUGUCCCACAUCCUUAGAUCCUUAGGAAGCCAGUCCCUCUGGCUUUUGACUGUCGGAGAUGGAUUUGUAACAGUAUCACAAGGUAUAACGCGACAUUUCAAACAAUUUGAACAGAGCGAACACUAUUUGCUGUAUGAUUAUAUUUGCUAAGUGUUUUGUUUCCAUGUGUUUGGUGUCAUAGUUGCCACUGUAGAGCCCCUUCUAUUGUCAGCGUUAGCGCAUACUGUCCCAAAUGAGCAUGAUGGCUUUGUUUCGGGUCACCUGGUGGCUGCUUGAAAACUGACCUGUGGUACUGUGACAAAACCCAAAGCCAGUUUCACUUUUUUCUACAUUGACACAGAUUCCAAUAAAUGUAUUUUUUCACCAUGCAACAACAUGGCUUGGGUUUGUGACUCGGCUGUGAAUAGCGUGGAUGUGGCGGUGAACGUGUGUGAAGUAAAAACACAGUUUUGUUGUCUCGGUUCUUGCUCGUGAUGGAGAUGUCCCUCAGAAGGAUCUCUACAUGCAUGUUUGAGUGAUAAGUAGGCCCAUGCAUGAACCAGUGAGUCUUUUGAAGGUUUUUUUUUCUUUUAAAUGGUAAUACAGGUUGCACGGUGGCGUAGUGCUUAUCAUGUUGGCCUCACAGUCAGGAGUUCUUGGGUUCUUAUCUCUGUGUGGAGUUUGCAUUUUCUUCUUUCUGUGUGGGUUCACAUUGUCCAUAUAGAUGUGAAUGGUUGUUUGUCCUGCUCUGCGAUUGGCUGGCGACGACUUCAGAGUGUACCCCACCUUUGGGUAUAAUUCAAUUUUGAAAGUCGAAUGUAUUCAUUGAUUCAUCAUACAGUUCAGGGUGAAGCGAAUACUGCAAGUGAUUCAGUUAUGACAUAUGUGUGUAUUUUAUUAGCAAGAAUAAUAACGUCAAAACUACAUUUUCUGUUCCAGGCAUGAAAGAAAAUAAUUGAUAAUCACUGGCCUAAUGGGGGCCCGCACAGUGGUAGAGUGGUUAGAAUGUUGGCCACACAGUCUGGAG